UAGGGGGAUCUCUCCCUUUCACUUUUAAGAGGCUUCUUUACACCAUCCAUCGUCUCCUCCUUUCUUUUGUAGCUAGCUUGCAUUGCUCCCAUUUCUUGGUCGUCUUCUAGUAGUUCUAGGUCUAGAGAGACGUGUGUGUGGCUACCAACGGGCCGGCCAGCUGCCGCGGCAUCCAUGAGUGCAAGCAAUUCCGGGUCCGGGGACAGCAUGGAAUGGGGAAGGGGGAGGUCCAGGAAGGGCAAGAGAGGCGGCGGCGGCGGCAGCGGCUCCGACAAGCCGAGGCAGCCGCAGCGAGGGCUCGGCGUGGCGCAGCUGGAGAAGAUCAGGAUACAGAGCGAGAUGGCCGAGUACAGCUUGCACCACCCUCUUGGCCACCCGCCGCCUCCGAUCCACAGAACUGGUAGCUUCAACUUGGAAGACUCGCGGCUGUCUCACUCGCUACCUUCGUCUCCAUCCUCCUCAGCCUUCUAUGCUGCCAACAUCGGUGUUUCAUCGUCCUCCUAUCCGAUUCAUCGUCCGACUCAUCAUAUUGCGAUGACAUAUGGAGAGAGAUCUGGAGACAUGAGAUAUGGUGAAUUUCAAACUAAUCCCAUCAUCAGGUCACCAAAUUACCAUGGCGCUAUCUAUGGUUCAGAAGCACAUUAUUCUCAUCCGAGCAAUGCCACCUUGCCUCUCUUCAACCCUCAGGAAUCAAUUUGCUUGAACAGACCGUACGAUCUAAAUCAAACGGCAGACUCAUCGAACUUAGAUGAUCAGGAGGUAGACCUUGAGCUCAAGCUAUGAUGAUAUCAUGGCCCUCUACCGACCUUGAGCUCAAACUACGAUGAUAUGCUGGCCCUCUAUACCGUACCUCUCUCAGUUAAGCUAUAUAUAUAUACCUGAUUGUUUGUGCCACAAGAACUAAAGGGCUUGCAGUCUUGUGUGUAAAAUGCAUGCAUACCAUGGUUGAUAUAUAAGAAAAAGAGAUGCACACAUGUGCAAGUUCUUUGAGUCACGGCGUGACGAUGUGUAAUUGACUUCCUGAAACGAUCAAGUACCAGCUGGAUUUUUAUUUGAUGAUGCUGGAUACCUAGUUAUUUUGUACCAUAUUGUGUAACUUUUGGUGUGUAUAUAUACCAUAGAAUAUUGGUCAACCAGCGUGCUCAACUCAGAAAGGAAUAUUGAUAUAUAUGUAUAUCUGGGCAUGCGCUAUAUAUAUACUACAUUUCAGAGUGUUCAGGAUAUAUAAGAUAAUUAGAUGAAGACAGUUACUACUAGAGUAGAGGGAGAAUGAUAGAUGUUGAUCGAUGGAUGUUCCAUGGUGUCGUCUCACCACACAUAUUUGUUUGGCACAAUUAAAAUUUUGCAUGCAUAUGCACGUUUUCAUCAAAGAGA